GCUCGGGGACCUGCAGCGCUGGAGUUCCCCUUGUGCUCUGGAGCCGCCCCAGGCAGCGAUGGAUGUAGUGGCUGUGCCGAGCCCUGGUGCUGGCAGCAGCGGGGAUCCCUGCUGCCCUGCAAGCGCACCCACCCCACACACACACCUCUCCCGGCUGUCUCCGAGGUCCCUGCAGGACGGUGAGCCUCGGCCGCCCGUCCCCUGUCCCCUGAGUCUUUCCCGAGGCACCCUCCUCCGGCCGGACUGCCCUGACACCCCGGAGGGCCCUGCCGGCUCCUGCCGCCCGGGAAAGGCGCGGAGCUGUCCCGUCCCGCCUGCGGCGGCCGCGGGGCGGGCGCGGGCGGGGAGCCGCCCCUCGGGGCGCGGAGCUAUAAGGGCGGGCAGGCGGCGCGGAGCGGGGCGCAGCAGCGGCCAUGGGCAACCGCGUCACCCGCGACGACUUCGAGUGGGUCUACACGGAGCAGCCCCACACGCAGCGCAGGAAGGAGAUCCUGGCAAAGUAUCCAGAGAUCAAGACUCUGAUGGGACCAGAUCCACAUUUAAAGUGGAUUGUAUCUGGAAUGGUUUUCAUGCAGCUACUGGCAUGCUACCUGGUGAAAGACUUAUCUUGGAAAUGGAUUUUCUUCUGGGCUUAUGCAUUUGGGGGUUGCAUCAACCAUUCCCUGACCCUUGCCAUCCAUGAUAUUUCACACAACGUGGCCUUUGGGAACAAGCAGGCCAAGUGGAACCGAUGGUUUGCAGUCUUUGCCAAUUUGCCCAUUGGCAUCCCCUAUUCUGCCUCCUUCAAGAAGUACCACAUUGACCAUCACCGGUAUCUGGGAGGGGACAGCUUGGAUGUGGACAUUCCCACGGACUUUGAGGGCUGGUUUUUCUGCACACCGCUUCGGAAACUGCUUUGGCUGUUCCUUCAACCUCUGUUCUACAGUCUGAGACCGCUCUAUGUGAACCCCAAAGCAAUCACACGGAUGGAAAUUCUUAAUGCUCUCGUCCAGUUUUCUAUAGACCUCAUAAUUUACUACCUGUGGGGGCUCAAACCUGUUAUUUACUUAAUAGCAGGUACAAUUCUUUGCUUGGGUUUUCAUCCCAUUUCUGGGCACUUCAUAGCAGAACACUACAUGUUCCUAAAAGGGUAUGAGACCUACUCUUAUUACGGACCUCUGAACUGGCUCACCUUCAAUGUAGGCUACCACAUGGAGCAUCAUGACUUCCCCAGCAUUCCUGGAUGCAGAUUGCCCAUGGUGAAGAAGAUUGCAGCAGAAUACUAUGAUAACCUCCCACAUCACCAGUCCUGGAUUCGAGUUCUGUGGGACUUUGUUUUUGAUGACACUCUUGGUCCUUAUUCAAGGGUUAAGAGACUGUGCAAGCUGGCAAAGGAAAGCUAACGGGGUAGCUCCGCCGGCUGCAGUGGUGUGUGUUUGUUCAUUCCCAUGACUUCAGUUUUCUGCAGAAAUAGAAGGAUCUUUGUGUGUGCUGAAUUUAAGUUGGUGCAUGCUGCUUAUGCCAAGAGGAUGGGUGUGAAAAUGAAGCAAUUUUAGACAACUGAUACCUUUUAUCAAAAGAUAUUUGUAUAUGUAACCCUCAGAACCUAGAUUAGAGUGAAAUAUGAUGAGCUGAACCUUUGGUCUAGUCUUAUAAUUAACUUCCUGGGAAACAUGUGCCUAGGCCUAAGUUUUAGCUUUGUCUGUGGGGGAGAAUGUUGGCUGUGUGUUACAUGUGAGGAUGAGUGUGUGUAGUUCAGGACUUGUUUCUCUUGAUGCCAGAUUGGAAGUAGAUGCUCUGUGUGCACAGGACUGUGGAAGCAGGGAAGACUGGCAUGCAGAAGUAAAUGAUACUCUCUGGAGAAGGGUGCUUUUAGCCCAAUGUCUUGUCUAAUCUAAUAUCUUCUGAUAAUUGCUAAUGGCAGAUUUUUUAUAUAUGCAAUGGAAUAUGUUUAUAUUUUUGUAUGUUUGUAACAUUAUUUUCCUAGCUGCUGUUUGAUCUUUAUUCCAGGGCUUUGUCUAAACCUUUUCUGAAUAAAUUUCUAUUCUUAGGAUCUAAUACUAUUGCUAACUGACAGAUCUGGACUGUGGCAAGGAAAAAUCCUUUCUUUAGUCUUCCACCUACUUCCUGAUAGCAGCAUGGAUGUGCCUCUGGAGGAACUGGGUGGUCCUUUCUCACUCACCUUUUCAACAGUAUUCAUAACUUCAUGUAUCUCACCCUUUUCCCUACUGUAAGUCCUCUGGGGAAAGGAGAGGUUCUAGUUCUGCUUUUUCCUUGCCAAGACUGUUAGCAUUCCUGGUCACCUUUCUUGGUCUCCUCCAUAUCACAGCCUUUCUGCACACGGGAGUUAGGAGUGUGUGUCAGUGAAGGCAUGGAGAUGUCUUCAUCUUCAUGGUGGUAUUUGUUCCUAACUGCUUUCAGAGCAAUGGCAAUUUUUCUCCUCAGUCAUUCAAGGGACACAAGUGGACAUUUGGGAAGCACAUGGUACUCCAGUUAUAUGAAAUUGCCACUGGUGGUGUUGGGGGGAUGUAUCUGGAACAUGGAGAUGGUGCAGUUCCUCUCUCUCUCUAUCUCUUAUUUGGUGCUAUUGACAUUAACCUUCAUCUCUCAUUUCUACCCAGUGGCAUACUAAAAUCUUCCUGCCUAUCUUCUCCAAUUAUAAACUUCUGGCUAUCAUCAAUAAUUCUGUAUCAUAAAAAACCUUAAUCAGCAUAACUUUUCUCCAAGCAGAACAAUAUCUUGGGAGCCAGGAAUUGAGAUGCUAUCUAAUAAAUUCCCUCUACCAUGGAAAGCUGGCAAAAUAUUUUUUUCCUUACAAAGUGGUUAAAAGAGAGAAAUUUUAUAUAUAUAUAUAUUUGCUCUGUAAUCCUCUAACAAUUUGAGGUUUUUCUUCUGUAAAUAUGUGGCUGUAAUAAAGAAAAAAACUUUUGUGCAGCCUCAUUGGUCCCUUAGAGUAUGUGAUUAGGCCUGGGAAGCCUGAUUUCCUCACUAAACAUGGUUUUGUUCCUUCCUUCAGCAGCACUGGAUCCAGUGAGCCAGUUUGUCUGUUCAUUAGACAGCUGAGAUAACCUGCAGCAAUUUUGGGUUCCUCCUUCAUUUCUCCCUUCUCUAUUUUUCUCACCCAUGUGAUUUUGGCAGUUGGGUAAAUAAAUACCCAGGCUUGCUUAGUAGAUCAAGAUCAUUUGUAAUACAGGGGCUGAGCACCAGUUUAUUCAUCAAUACUGUUUUGUGCUUCUGGAUAAGAAGAGCAAGAAUGGGGCUUCUUCCAGCACUUCAGCUUUUACUGGUUCUUCAGCGAUGAACAUAAGACAUUAUAUCUUAAUUAUUAAAGCUACUUUUCUCCCAAAGGAAGAGGCGCUUGUGUGGGAGCUUCCAUUACCUUUGUGUCAGUGCUCAUGUCAGGGAAUUUCAGGUUUUUUGUUAAUUGACUUCAGAUUUUCUGGCACUCUUAUCAUGUAUUCAACUUCCCAUGUCUUUAGCAGCGGUUCCUCAAGUCUCUUGUCUAACUUAAUAAGUUAAUAUAAAAACCACAAUAAAGAUUAUGCUAUCUUCCUCAA